UGAACUGAACAGAACGGUGGAAGUACGGUUUCUGUAGAACUUGUGGGAGCAUCUCAAUUCUUUUGUGUUUGUUUUCAAUUCAUUACAGACCGCCCACCGCCGCCGUUGGAGUCUCCGAACGACCGAUUCCAUAAAAUUGCAGCGGCUGCGGAUACUGGGGACAUGGACGAUUGGAGGAAGUUUAAGAAGGCGGGGUUGUUGGACGCGGCUGCAAUGGAGCGCAAGGAUUGGGAGGCGCUUCUUGAGAAGGCUUCAAGGCUUCAGAGCGAGCUUUUUGAUUACCAGCACAAUAUGGGACUUGUUUUGCUAGAGAAGGAAGCAUGUGCUUCAAAGUGUGACCUACUAGAACAAGAAUUAGCAGAAACGGUGGAAAUCUUCAAACGUGAACGAUCAGCACAUUUCAUUGCAUUAUCUGAAGUUGAAACGAGGAGGGAUAAUUUGAAGAAAGCUCUAGCUGCUGAGAAGCAACAUGUGUCUAGUCUUAAAAAGGCUUUAUGUGAAGCAAAGGAGGAGCGUGCAGAAAUCGAACUUACUUCUCAGAAAAAGUUGGCUGAUGCAAACGCUUUGAUAUAUGAAAUUGAGGAGAAAUCUUUGGAGUUGGAGAAAAAAUUGUAUGCUGCUGAAGCGAAGCUUGCUGAGGUAAAUAGGAAGAGUUCAGAGUUGGAAAUGAGGAUGCAUAAAGCUGAAAGCAGACCGAGCAAAUAUCCUUUGUCAUAAGUGUCACGCUAUUUUAAAGUGUCAACAUUGGAAGAAAGAUAUGAUGGAAACCCAGCUUCAUGAACAAAUUCUCAUGAAUUGGUUUCUAUUGGUCAGGGUUUCGAGCUCAGGAGGGGGAGGAAGGGAACGUUUGAAGGUGAAGAAAGGCGAGAUAUGGUCUCAUAUAAAAAGGAAACAAGAAGAACCUACUGACCUUACUCCAAAGUUGUUAUUACGACCUUUGGUUAAAAGAGGAUUUCAAAACUAGAUAAGAGGAAGAAUUUUGAAUGUGAAUGGAACAUCAAACCACAUUCAUCUCACUUCUCCUUUUUAAACUUUGAAUUUUGAACUUA